UUGGGGAUGUCCUACAAACCUACCACCCCUGCCCCCAGCAGCACCCCCGGCUCCAGCACCCCUGGGCCAGGCACUCCGGUCCCUACAGGAAGCGUCCUGUCGCCGUCGGGCUCAGGGCCGGGAGCCACUGCCCCUUUCAGACUGCUGUUUAAAGACUUUGGACCGCCUACCAUCGGUUGUGUGCAGGCCAUGAAACCACCUGGUGCCCAGGGCUCCCAGAGCACCUACACGGAACUGCUGUUGGUCACAGGGGAGAUGGGCAAAGGGAUCUGGCCCACCUAUGCUGGCAGCAAGAGCGCCGUGAAGCGCCUGAAGAGAGGUAUCAUCCAUCCCUAGUCAGAGU